GAACUUGAACUUAAGUGUAAUGUUUUUUUUCAGUUUAUUGUACCUUGGAACUUCAAUUUCCGGAAGCAAAAAUUUAACUCUCCCAAAAGUUGAAAUUUGAUAAAUCAACAAAACUAGCUUCCGAAACUUAAACUUAAACGUGUAAAUUUUUUUCUUGUGAAUUACACUUCUGGAAGUGUAAAUUGAACUAUUUCGGGUUUGCAAGGGUGGUGUCGUUUGGUUUUAUGGAGGGAAAGGUUGGAGGUAGCUCUUUGUUUGCUGAGAUUUUGGCGCUGAAGGCAGGUCUUACACUUGUGUGGGACAUGGGUUUGAGGAAGUCCAGUAGUUUCUGAUGAGGGAUUGGAGAAUCCAGCUUCUUCAUAUUUCUCGGGAUGCUAAUAUGGUUGCGGAUUGCUUUGCGCACUUGGGAUCGGAUAGUCAGUGUGUGUUCACUCGAUCCUUCUCCCCAGCUUAAUCUCAUCUUGGCUAUGAAUUUGUUAGCCUUGUAGCUUUUCUUUUUCUUUGUUUUGCUUUAAUUUUCGGAUUUACCAAAAAAAAAAUUUAAUUUUUAGGUGUGUAAAAAAUAACAUUAUCCAAAAAAUCAGCCACCAGCAACCACCGCCAAAACCACCAUCCUAACCUGCAGCCUCUGCAUCCCGCACCUCCAGCACCGACACCCACGAAUGCAGCAGCCAAUUCCUCGCUGAACCACCAUGCAGCUUCCACUUAGCGAGCCUGCAGCACAACACCACGCCCCCAGCCUCCUUCAACCUCCCCCUUAACCGUCCCGGCAGAACCCAUAUCGCCGCCGCAACAUCAUGCAACUCAAUAGCCUUAUCGGACCUGCUACUCCAUAGCUUCUUCAUUUCCAUAUUGGACAUGUGGCUUUGCUUGUUGAUGAAGAAAGGGUGGGAAUCAGGUAUGAACCUGGUCUUAUCAAGAAGAUUGUUAAAGACGCAUCUGCUAAAUUACCUCCUAUCCCUCUACCAAUCAAACACAUAGUUGGACUUGAUUCCCGCUUUGAGCAGGUGGAACCACUUUUAGAUACUAAGUCUAUUGGUGCCGUUUGCAUGUUGGAAAUUUACGGAGCUGGUGGAAUAGGCAAAACCACAUUUGCCUUGGAUAUCUAUAACAAAAUCAGACAUCAAUUUGAAGCUUCAAGUUUUCUUGCUAAUAUCAGAGAAAAAUCAAGCAAAAGCAAAGGCCUGGAAGAUCUUCAAAAGACCCUCAUGUCAGAGAUGGGUGAGGAGACAGAAACAAUGAUGGGCAGUACUUUUAGAGGAGAUUUUGAGAUCAAACGCAGGCUUAGCAACAAAAGAGUUCUUCUAGUUCUGGAUGAUGUUGACAAAAUAAAACAGUUGCAAGCACUGGCUGGGGGAGGUGAUUGGUUUGGUUCUGGUAGCAGGAUCAUCAUAACAACAAGGGAUACAACAAUGCUGGAUAAACAUAAGAUGGAUGAUGUUAUCAUGAAAAAAUAUAAAAUGGAGGAGCUAAAUGAUCAUGACUCUCUUGAACUCUUCUGCUGGCAUGCCUUUAACAUGAGCACACCUGCAGAAAACUUUGAAGGUGUUUCUAGUCAUGCUGUAAGUUAUGCAAAGGGUGUUCCGUUGGCUUUAAAGGUAAUAGGCUCCAAUUUAAAAGGUGGGAGAUUAGAAGAUUGGGAAAUAGAAUUGAACAAAUACAGGACAAUUCCAAACUCUGAGAUUCAAGGAGUGCUUGAAAUAAGCUACUUUAGUUUGUCUGAGUUGGACCAGAAAACUUUCUUGGACAUUGCUUGUUUCUUUAAAGGAGAGAGAUGGGUAUAUGUUGAAAGGGUACUAGAGGCUUGUGAUUCCUUCCCAAGUAUUCGAGUAUUUGUCAUGAAAAGUCUCAUUAACAUUGAUGAAAAUGGCUGCUUGGAUAUGCAUGAUAUAAUACAGAACAUGGGUAGAGAGAUUGUUAGAAAGGAGUCGCCAUUAAACCUUGGUGACCGGAGCAGAUUAUGGUCUCAUAAGGAAGUUCUUCAAGUACUUAAAGAAAACUCAGGAAGUGCCACAGUUGAAGGAAUAAUACUUGAUCCCCCUAGUCAUGAAGAAGUGUUUCGUUGGGCAGAUACUGCCUUCAAGAAGAUGGAGAAUCUUAGAAUUCUUAUUGUUCGGAAUGCUACAUUUUCAACAGCUCCUAGUUUUUUACCAAACAAUUUACGGGUACUUGAUUGGAAGGGGUACCCAUCAAAGUCUUUUCCACUUGACUUUUGUCCCCAAAGAAUUGUUGAUUUCAAGUUACCUCAUAGUUCUCUGACGUUGAUAAAGUCAUUUCAUGAGAUGUUUGAGGAUUUGACAUUCAUCAAUCUCUCCCAGUGUCAAUUCAUAACUCAAAUACCCAAGCUGUCUGGAGCAAAAAGUUUAAGAGUAUUGACAGUUGACAGAUGCCAUAAAUUAAUAAGGUUUGAUGAAUCCAUUGGAUUCAUGCCUAACCUUGAGUAUUUAAGUGCUGUAGAGUGUACCAGUCUCAAAAGUUUUGUGCCGAGAAUGUAUCUGCCAGCUCUCGAGGUGCUUUCAUUUAACUUAUGCAGAAGACUUGAACACUUCCCAGAUGUAAUGCAAAAGAUGGAUAAGCCACUGAAAAUUCACAUGAUAGGUACUGCUAUUAAGAAGUUUCCCAAGUCCAUUGGUAACCUUACUGGACUUGAGUAUAUUGACAUAUCAAUGUCUAGAAGACUCAGUGAUCUAUCAAGUAGCUUCUUAUUGCUGCCUAAACUUGGCACUUUGAGAAUUGAUGGUUGUUCUCAACUUAGAGGAUCAUUUCAAAGGUUCAAAGAGUUCCAUUCAGAAGCAAAUGACUGCCCCAAUAUGGUGACACUAUAUUUAAGUGAUGCUAAUCUAUCAGAUGAAGAUCUUCACAUAAUUCUUGAAAGUUUUCCAAAAUUGGAACACUUGAAUGUAUCACACAAUAAUUUUGCUUCUCUCCCAAAAUGCAUCAAAGGAUCUCUGCAUCUGAAAAGUCUUGAUGUGAGUUAUUGCAGGAAUCUUAAGGAAAUUCCAGAACUUCCAUUAAGCAUUCAGAAAGUAGAUGCAAGAUACUGCGGAUCCUUGACUUCAAAGGCAUCAAGCAUGCUAUGGUCUAAGGUCUGUGAAGAGAAGAAAGAAAUACAAGUUGUGAUGCCAAAAACAAAGAUUCCAAAUUGGUUUGACAUUAGCUGUGUUAGCAAUGAAGAUGUUCCACUUUUCUGGGCUCGCCGGAAGUUCCCCGUUGCUGCUUUAGCACUGGUGUUUGGGAAUUCCAGAGAGAUUAAUGUGAUUCAGAAGGACACCUUCAUCUCAGACUUCCUACCCGGAAUGAUGACUGAUAUGUCCCACGUUGUUGGUCUCCACUUGUUCAUAGACGGCCAAGAAAUAUGCCGCAAAGAUUACCAUUACUGCAGUGUCGGGGAACAUCAUGUGUUAGUGUGUGAUCUAAGGAUUUUGUUCAGUGAUGAAGAGUGGCAGGGACUUGAUGCAUGUCUUGGAGAUGAUUGGAAGGCCAUUCAGGUUCAAUGUGAAUCAUCACUGACUCUGAGCAGUUGGGGUGUUUAUGUGUACAAACAGAAAUCAAACACUGAUGACAUCCAAUUCAAGUUUUCCCAUCCCGAUUCCUCAGGAGAUUACAAGCCAGUGCCAGCAUCAUCUUUAGUUCCAAAAAGUACUCCACAGAUGCUAAAGCAGAGAAUAAGAUACGCAUCAGAAAACAUGAACCCAAGAGAAAUAUUUGGAGACUAUUUGCCUUUUCUUGAGAUAGAAGAAACACCCAGUUUCACCAAGGCGUUAUUGAGGUCGUGGAGGAUUGCCAAGACUGACAUGAGAGAAGCUUCAGCCUCUGCCUACGGAGCAAGCUUAAUGCAAGAACAUGAAGAAUCUGGCUGGGAUGUGGUGCGGGUUGUGGAGUUGAUGAAGGAGAAUGUGCCGAAACACAUCGCUGAUUCAUACUCGGAUGACAUACAAAGUGCACAUAAAAUUGUGGAGCAAGUGUUGAGGGCACGGGUGGAAUUUCAGAGGGAAAAGGGCAAUGAAAGGUUGGACAUCGAUAUGCCUAUAAUCCUAGAGGCAUGUCAUUUUUGUGAAGCUUCAAGCCGUCGCUACUGGGGAAAAUUGGAGUUGAAACAUGAAGAGCCAACAGUGAAAGCAAUACUGAGAAAGACAAGUCAACUUGCGUGGAGAUUUUGGAAAAUGGGUGAAGCCCCAUUAAAAGAGAGGAUGAACAUUGUUCUAUUGGAAAGCCAGUGUGAGAGUCUGUCAACUGAGGAAGCUUCAACCUCUGCGCAUGGGGAGGAGGAGGAGGAAGAAUAUUAUGAUCCUGUGUUGGAAGAGUUGUUGAUGAAGGUAGAGGAGGACACCAUGAGCUUGAAUAGAACUUACGGGAAGUUGAAGGCUUCUAUUGUUCUGUGCACGAAUGAAGAACUGGUUUCUGACAAAUAUUUGUUGGAAACUUUAUUCCUCCGUGGACAGCAAAAUCUGGCACAAGGAAACACGGGAUUGGGAAAUUUUGAAUUGGGGUUGUUUGGAAUGUUCGGGUCGGGUUUGAGAGGGACGAUGAGAUCUAAUUUCAAGAAGACAGCUUAUGGGAGGUUGAGGGUGGAGGAUGAUGGUCCUCAUCAAACUGCUCAGAGUCAGAAUGUGAAUCAAGACCAGGUGCUGCAUGAGGUAAGGGAUGCUCAGAAUCAGAAUCAGGGUAUUCAGCAUGAUUUAAGGGAUGCUCAGAAUCAGAAUCAGGGUAUUCAGCAUGAUUUAAGAGGUGCUCAGAGUCAGAGCACUCAGAAUCAAAAUAAGUUGGGCUGCACCGAUGUUCUUAUGAGGUGGAUUCUAUGCUGCUGUACCACCAAAUCUCACGAGUCAUAAAUUCACAAAGCUUAACACAUCAUUAUGAGAUAAAAGUGAGAGUACAUUUAUGGAGCAAAAUAGGUGAAAGGAGAUAGAAGGUAGACUGUAUUAGAAAUUAGGGGGCCUAUACUCAACCACAAAAGCUAGCUCAAGAGUUGAGGUUUGCACAACCUUUAUAAAGACUAUCUAUGCUCUAUCUCUAGCCAAUGUGGGACUUCUAACACACCCCCUCACGUCCAGGAUUGAACAGACUGGAACGUGGGAUCAACAACGGGUGACCCAAAUAUGGGUGGUCUCCACAACAAAUGGAUCUAGGAUAGGCUCUGAUACCAUAUUAGAAAUUGGGAGGCCUAUACUCAACCACAAAAGCUAGCUCAAGAGUUGAGGUUUGCACAACCUUUAUAAAGACUAUCUAUGCUCUAUCUCUAGCUAAUGUGGGACUUCUAACACACCCCCUCACGUCCAGGAUUGAACAGACCGGAACGUGGGAUCAACAACGGGUGACCCAAAUAUGGGUGGUCUCCACAACAAAUGGAUCUAGGAUAGGCUCUGAUACCAUAUUAGAAAUUGGGAGGCCUAUACUCAACCACAAGAGCUAGCUUUUGUGGUUGAGUAUAGGCCUCAUAAUUUCUAAUAGACUGCUUUGCUUACAGGGCUUCAGGUUUCACAAUUCAUAAAUAAAGAUUCCAAACUCUUAGAAUUGUAUUCAAGUCUUGUUAUUUUCAUCUCCCUUGCUAACUUGAAAUAUCAAGCUGUUCAUGUUCGUUUAUGUUUUGCUUUUUUCUUUUUCUUUUUUUCCCGUUUUCAUGGACCACUUGAUGAAUAAGAUUAUUUUUCUAAGUUUUCA